UGCCGGGAGACGGUGAUCGGGAUCGGACUAUCGAACUUCCGGCGCUCACCGAUUGACGUCUCCGCCGCGACCUGAAUUCAAUUUGUUACAAGUUGGAUAUAUGGAGGAUACUCAGUCUCCUGAUAUCAAGCUUGCUACUCUACUGCUUGCUACCAUUCAGGAAGCGAAGGACCGGAUUCAGGAAACCAGGGACCGCGUUUUACAGAUCGAAUAUGUCUUCCUUGCUCAGCUCUACCCGCUUUUUCAGUCCAAGUCCGAAGCUCUCCGCAAGUUUCGACAUGAGUGGAAGUCCAAGGAAACUGAUCUCCUGCUUCAGAUUGACACGCUUCGAGCUGAGAACCACUCGCUCAAGCUUGACAGGGACAAUGAAGAGGUCAUAGAGCGACUGCGAGAUGAAGUUGAGAGCGUGCAAGUGAGGAGUGACGCGCUUGGACGACUGCUUGAGCAGAAGACUAAGGAGGCCAAUGAGGGAAUGGAGCUGCAGAGUAAGUUAAUGGAAGAGGUUAAGUCGAAAGAAAGUGUCAUUGUGAGCAAGGAGAAACAACUGAAAGAGAGUGAAGAGAGUAGAAAUGUGCUUUUUGCGAGAGUUAGUGAUCUUGAAAGAAGAGCUGAUGGCCUCCAAGAGGAGUUAAGAGAAAAGGUUGGACAAGUAGACAAGGGAAAUGAGGUCAAACAAAAUCUGUUCAAGAAGAUCGAGUCGCAAGCUUCUGAAAUCAUGAACAAUGAGAAGCUUCUGAAGGAUCAGGAAGAAGAGAAAAAACUGAUGUUGGCCAAAUUUAAAAUAGUGGAAGAAAAUGUUAGCCAACUCCAAAAGGAGCUCCUAACUAAGAAUAAAGAAGUGGAAGAUUUUGCAAGAGAGAAUAACUUUCUUCUGAGAAAAAUGGCUGGUUUAGAGGAGAAAGUUAGCGAGCUACAAGGGAAUCUCAGAGGCAGGGCUGGUGAAGUGGCCAAAAGAAGGGGUUCGACUGAAAAUUUACACCAAGAGGUUGAAUUAAUAACUGCAGAUCUGCUGAACGAGAGAAAAAAGUACGGGGAACUUACUGCAGCUUACAAAAGUUUAAAAUCCCAGCACAGUUAUCUGCGCGCCAAGUUUGGUCUUACCAAGGAGAAUAUGCUCCCUCAAAAUAAGUUGGAAGGUGAAAGUGUACUUUUGAGAAAUGAUCAGAAUCCAUCAACCUUCCAUGAUCUUGAAGAUAAUGAACGUGCUUCUCCAGAUGCUUGUAACACAAAGAAAAUGAAGAAUGAAAUCUGUUUUAACAAUAAAUUGAAGGAUGACAAAGGACAUAAACCAAUUCAAGCAAUAACUCCUUACUCUCUUGCAUCCAAAUGUCCUUCUACUGUAAAGUCUGCUGCUCCAGUAGCUGGUAGAAAGCGGUCUGCAUCACCCUGGAUAGACACUAGAUCCCGCCAAGGCCAAAAUGGGCCUGACCCGCAUGAUGAUUUUCUUGAUACCCCAAUUGAGAACAUAAGAGCAAACUUGAAUAGAUCCACAAAGGAAAAAGUUCCUGAUCUUCAGGUUCCAGUUCAAGAUGACUUAAAUCUAGGUAGCUCAGAUGAUGAAACGCAGGAUGUGACUGCUGAUGGUCCUAAUAUGCAGAAGCAGCCUAUGCCAGUUACAGUGGUCGGAAAAAAUGGUUUCAAGUAUGUGGAACCUGUAAGAAAGAAGGCUGAGCGGGAAAAUUUGAAAGGAGUUGAAUGCAAGCAGUGCAAAAAGUUCUAUGAUGCUGUUCUUCCAGAUGAUGGUGGCAAGGACAAUGAUAAGCAUGGUUUCCGCUGUGAACAUCAUGAAGGUGUUUCUCGACACAGGUACAUGUAUCUUCCCCCUUCAACUCCGGAAGGAUUUUGGAAUAUUGGAUUUGAAUCUGAAAUCUGAUAUUGGAGUUUUGUUAUUCAUUCUUUGGUAGAGCUCUGACUUGUAUAGAUUUCAUAUUCCAAAAAGACUCGAUCAGCUAUUAUCACCAAAAGCUGGAACAUGAGCCAUACCACCAAAGCACAAUUCAAGUGAUCCUCAAUUAACUAGAGUUUAGUUUCCUAUAGAAAAAAUAGGUUCAUAGUUUUAUAUCUCUUUACAUUAUUAGAAAUUCAAGUUCUUAAUUUGUGAUAUAAACUGAAUUGUUGAAUAAUAUAGAUGGACAACACAAGAU